CCACUGUUUAAUUUUUAUUGUUAUGUAUCGAACAAGAUCUUAAUUUAUUAAUCUAUCACUUAUUGGGCUACAUCGUCUGAAGGUGAGAAAAUAUUAUUUAUUUAGCAUAAAUUACUCGUUCGCAUUCUCAUUCUUGUUUGGUAUGAGAAAUGAAUUAAUACUUAAAAUAUACCUCGCAUGUAGAGUGUGGAAGUCUAGCGUUUUGUCCUCUAACGCAAAUCAAUAUAUACGUUUGUAUACAAAACAUUGAUUUGAUGAUUCGGAUGGAAGUUACGUUUGUGUGCAAGUUCAAGAUUUGAAAAAAAAACAUUUGCGUAUUACAUACAUAAAACUUGUUACUUUUUUAUAAGAAGUUGCAUUUACUAAGAAUUUGGAAUUUAUCUUCAUGGAGCACAGACUUCUUUAAGAUUUUAUCAUUAAACAAAGCUUAAAUUGAUCUGCAUCAUCUGACGAACAGAAAAUAUGCUAAAAGUAGAGCAUAUGUAGUGAACCAUAAAAAUAGAGUAAAAUAAAAAGAGUAGAUUAUGCAGAGAUUUCAUACAGUUUUAUGGACUCGUAAUUUUAUACAUAACUAUGAAUUAGUAUAGUAGAGUUUAUAUAUGUAAGUGACAUACAUAUGUGUAACAAAUUAUAGAGUAAGAUAUAUGUCCUUGCAAGAAACAUGAACGCACUUGAGCACUUUUUCAGCUAGUAUACAUAUACAACUAUUACUUACACAAACUGCAUUCGAUUGCACAAAACAACAGUGUUAAUUUUUAUAAACAAAUAAUAUAAACAAAGUAAACAUGUUUUAAAAUGAUUGAAAACGAUUUUUUUAUAAUAACCUUCCUUCCGCACCACCGUUUUCCGGUGAAAUUGACCAAAUUUGACAGCGGAUCGGAGGUGUUGAGCGAGCAGUCAGAGAGUUGACUUUGCACAAGCUAAAAUUUGUACAUAUGUAUGUAUGUAUGCAAAUGCUAUAACGCUUUGGUAUGUCCAAAAAGUUUGAAGUUAAGUCAAGUUUAGUUUAUAGUUUCAGUUGCAAACGAACCGCGACAUCGAAGCAACGACUUGUGCGCAUGCGCGCCGAUGAAAAUACAUAAAAUUUGUAACAGCAAAGCGAAAAAUAGUGCAGUGUACGUGCAUAUAAACAUACAAAAGAAAUGACUGCAUUACAAAAUACCAUAUUAACAGGUGCUAAAAAGCUAUAACAAUGGAAAUAUACACAUAGUUAGUAUAUGCAUAAAGUUUAUACAUAGAUAAUCUUCCAUUGUAUAUGGUGGAGCAGUGCAACGAGGACGACAAAGUAACUAACAAAAGUGUCGGUUAACGUGUUUAAUAUUUGACUUAAAUUUCGUUUAUUCAAUCUUAAAUUUUCACGUUUAGUUAUUCGAUUUGAAAUGACUUGCUAAUUGUUGUUGAGGUCAGUGCGACCUUAGCUGGGCCUUUGGGCCAGAUACGUUUAAGAAAACCAAAAUCAAAACAAAAACAGAUACAAGUAAGAGAAAAAGUAACCGCUCCACUACUGACUUAUAUACGGGUUAACAUAAAAACAAAUAAACCACAAAGCAACACACAAACAACAUUCGGCAAGUAGACCGUUGAAUGGAAAAAUGAAAGUACUACCGAUAUUGCAGCCAAAGCGGCUGUUGUACAUCUACUUCGCAGUCAUUGUUGUUACCGUUGUUGUGGAUUAUGCAAGUGCGCUGCAACAGUCCGAGUUGCAGCGAGAGCCAGAUCGGCCAACAGCAACAGAGCCCCGAAAACAUCAACAGCAACAACCUCCGCAUGCGGAAGUAAACGUUACCGCCAAUAAACCGUUGAAAUUCGGUACAAAAAUUGUUGAUUAUCCUGUUGUUGAAUUAAACAGUAACAUCACAACUAUUAAUCAACAAACCGCCAAUACGAGUAAUAACAGGCAAGAAGGCGAAAAACUACAAACGGCGGAUAUACAGUUAAACAAUGCGGCAGACAUUGCGCCGUCAUCAAGGGUUGCACGACGUUAUGAUGCGCCCACAGCGCCAGCCACACAGCUAAUUGGCGAAAAUGACGUGCCACUGUUGAAGAAAACUCAGCGUCUAAGCGGCAGCACACCAGCAAAUGCAUCUUCGAGUGUGGUGUCGAUUGCCACAGCGCCAGCGAAGUCAAAACGUCGAGACGGCAAUGGUGCGCAUGCGAACUCACGCGAUGGCAAAUCAGUUGCGGUUGCGGCAAGUCAACGUUCCAAUUCUUUUGAUUCCCAAGCGCAAAGUACACGUCAGUCGGCAACACAACGUGCUCGCAAUUCGAAUGCUACCAAUGUAGCGAGCCAUCAAACGAACAGGGGGUCGGGUAAAAGAAGUAGAGUUGCAUCACAGCCAACGUCAGCACCAGCGGUUGUUGGUAGCGGUCAGCGGGAGGGAAGUAAAUCUCGCAAAGCCUCUAGGGCUACAACGAUAUCAACGCCAGUAUCCUCAUCCACAUCCACGACCACAACUGCUCGUGCUCCAGUGGUUUCCAACAAUUUACCAAAUAAUCCUUUUAGUUUCUUCUCUCCCUCACUUUGGGCACUCUCCAGUCCACCGAAAGCGUCAUCAACAAAGAAGCCACCAAAAAAAUAUACACCACCACCACCACCAGUAACAACCACUACAAUAGCACCAGUUAAAGAAAAGAAAAUCUCUCGUCAAAAGGUAAAACCGACGACGAUAACGCCCUUAGCCUCAAAUCAAAUUACGACAACUACGUUGCCACCCAAAAAAGGCACCACGGAUGGACCAUUUCGCAUUGCUCUGCCAACAUUUAACUUUUUCGGCACACAAGCGCAGAGAUCCAAUGAUGCGGUUGGCGAAAAGGAUAAACGCAAUACACCACAAAAUCUGCGUAAUCUAUUCGAGUGUCCACGCGAGAGUGAGGUGCGCUUCCAACUCUUUCCCAAAAUUUGUAAAGUCGACGAAGAUUGCGCGGUUUGGAAUCGCGAUGAACUGUGCUGCGAAAUAUUUGGUGCAAAAAGUUGUGUCUCAGGCAUACCCAAACCGCUUGAAGAGACUUCGCAUACACCCAUAUUGGGAUUGAUACCGCGCAAAUGUCCGACGCGCCCACUAGCCGAGCUUUGGUGGCAGGUGCAAGAAUGUGAGACCGACACGGAUUGUUGGCCGAGGGUUUGUUGCCCUGAUGGAAAUAAACGCUACUGCAGGACCUCACAGCCAGAGCUGGAGACAGUACCAGUACCGGUGAAGCGGUCCUUCAAUUAUUUGUCUGAGUACCUUGAGUGUACGCCACCUCCACCGCCCAUCUUCGACUUACAUCCAAAGACUUGCGCCUCAACUUUGGACUGCUUCCCAAACGUUUGUUGUCAAGAGGCCGGCUUGCGUCACUGUCGUCCGCCCAAAAAGUCGCUGCUGACAUGGAUGGCGAAUUUUCUGAAUGUGGAUUUCGUUAAACGGCUGGCUCAAAAUAUUGUUAUUAAGUGAAGUGGAUUGUUCUAUCGUUGUUAUUAUUUAUUAAAGUUUGUGUUAAUUUGGAGGAAAAGUUUUCAAAGAAUACGUAUGUACAUAUGUAUGAUAUUCGCGGUCAAGUGUAAAUACCCAUACAGACAAACUUCCAUGUAAA